UUUCACGUCGCGGCAAAUGGCUUAUUUAUUUACACUUAUUUACUUUGAAGCUUGUAAAUAAACUAGAAACUGCAUGUCUUUUCCUGUAUUUCGGACGACACUAAAAACUUUUGGAGCCAGAACAAUGAGUGACGGAGGAGUGUCGUGGCGUGGAGUGCCUAUAACUGCGAUGUAUGGGUCGGAGGGGCCGUGGGGCGCGCCUGAGUUCCCGCUCAUUUCACCGGCGUAUAACCAUACUGUGUUGUACCAUAUUCCUACAAAUAGUAGCGGGGCUGGUGAUCAGGUCCCCACUCCACAGAGAGGUGAAGAUAAAUGGGAUCAUGACUAUGUUAGAAUGCCCUGCUCUCCGCACAGUUUGUAUCCAUACAAGCUAAAUGGUGAAGAUAAACUAAAGAAAAGAUGGGAAAUGAUUGAGGAGGCACUUCAAGACAACAUUGAGAACAGCCAUGACCUGGCAGCCGCAAUCCUUAGCUACAACUCCAAAUUGAAGCAUGUAAUGACAUUCCGCGGCUUGCAUGAGUUUUUUAAUAAUUAUUUGGACCCAGAAGAAACAGAUUACUUCUUCACUAUAACACUUCCAGAGAUAGUAAAGCUUGCAUUAGCACUGCCACACAUUAUACAGGCACCAAUACCUUUGUUAAAACAGCACAAGAAUCGGGCGAUAUCUCUUUCACAGCAGCAAAUAGCUAGUUUAUUAGCAAAUUCAUUCUUCUGCACAUUUCCACGAAGGAACUCCAGCAAGACAGACUGUGAAUACUCUUCUUAUCCCAGGAUCAACUUUUCAACAUUAUAUGAAACUACUGGGUCAGACUCAACUUUUGAGAAACUGAAAUGUUUAUGCCACUACUUCAGAAGAGUGUGCACAAAAGUCCCCACAGGAGUGAUGACAUUCAUCCGUCGCUCCGUGCCCCCCAGACAGUGCCCAGACUGGGCCGAGUCCAUUAAGCUCAUUGCACAGACACCGCUACAUGUCAAUAGCUCCGGGACUAUUGAGGAUGAUGGGGUUGGACUGAUGCAGGUUGAUUUUGCUAACAAGUACCUUGGAGGUGGAGUGCUAAACUACGGCUGUGUACAAGAGGAGAUAAGAUUUGUUAUCUGCCCGGAGCUAAUGGCUUCUAUGCUGUUUACUGAAACUCUGCGACCGAACGAAGCUUUAUUGAUGAUUGGUUGCGAAAGAUACAGCAAGUAUUCUGGCUAUGGGAAUUCCUUCAAAUGGGCAGGCAACUUUGUGGAUGAUGUGCCCUUCGACUCGUCCGGUCGUCGUCGCUGCGCCGUGCUCGCGAUCGACGCUCUGCCGUUCAACAACAAGGCACAUGAGUACCGGAGGGAACAUAUCGUUAGAGAGAUGAAUAAGGCGUGGGUAGGCAUGUCAAUCUGCACUUCCGAAGAAGACAAGAGCCCUCUCCACUACCCGGGCGUGGCUACUGGCAACUGGGGCUGUGGAGCCUUCGGGGGCAGCGCCGACCUCAAGAGCCUCCUGCAGGUCAUGGCGGCUAGUGAGGCUAGGAGGCCUGUGGCGUAUUACACAUUCAACGAUCUGCGAUUAAGGGAUGACCUCAUUUAUAUUUACGAUUUGCUAUCGCAACAUAACGUCACAGUUGGACAACUUUAUAAGAUGAUAAUGAUGUUUUCACUGACGGAUGUGAGGAAGUCUAAGCUGUAUCCGUUUAUAAAACAAAAGUUAUUGGACAAAGCCCAGGCGGCGGCCCCGACCACUCCCGUAGCUAUGGAUAUUAGCGUCACAUCAGAUACAAAUGAAGGAGAAGCGAAUAAUUCCCCGGAUUUGUUUUCACAAGACUUUGAUGACAGUUUCAACGAAGAAACAUCCGCCGCGUCAGAAGAAAAAACAGAGAAAGGCAACAGUAAUAGUAAAAGCCAAUCUGUAGACCAUGCUGAUGCAAAGGCAGCACAGAAUGACAACAGUAAACACGGUAGCAAUAAUUCUAAUAAUACAUCGAGACUAUUUGAGGAGAUGGAAAAACUAGAUGAAGAAAGCGGUAAGCUGAAUUUUAAAAGUCCACAAAAAAGGUAUCUUGGCACACCAGUAGAUAGACCAGUAAAUAUACCCAAGUUAGAUAAAAAUCGACAAAGUAGAGAUAACGUAACGAGUGCGAGCGAGACAACGAAUGAUGAACAAAUGCGUGAUAUCGGUUUAGCAAAUGAUGGUGAUGAUGAUGAUGAUUCUCUGUCGAUGAACACAUCACUAGAAGUUAAAAAGAAAAUAGGUAAAAAGAUAACGGAUUAUUUUAACAAAAAAACUUAGAUGCUGUUAAACUUGUUUAUAGUGUCAUUAGAUCAAUGCAUUUAUUUAUAAAUACGUAUGUGUAUGUUUAUAGAUUUAUUUUACAAGUAGGUAUUUUGAUUUAUAAUUUAUUUACGUAGUUCCGAUUAAUUUAUAUACCAAAGAAUUCAUAAUCCAGACAUUGGAGGGAUUUCAAUAGAUUUGCAUUUUGUGACUGUUAAUUCAACUGUUGGAUUAGAUAAUGCAAGAUCUAAAUAAAUAAUACAAGCCACCACCGCCACCGUAUUGAAGUAUAUUUCAUGUUUUGUUACAAUAUACGCCUAAAACAACAUAAAAUAUGUACCUAGAUAUAAUUCAGCAUAU